AACGCUAGGGGGCAAAUGUCGCUUCGCGCCCGCCAUUGGUGCCAGUUCGGUGCGUAUGUGUAAAAAUCGGCUGUAAAAUUUGCCAUAUUUCGUGGUCCAACAUCCAAACCCACCCAACAUCACCUUCUGCGCCAAGCGAGACAAUUAACGAUGAACUUUGGGCGACUGUUGAACGUCGCUGAGAAAAACAGAAAUGCUUCCGCAGCCGAGAAAACCGUCAAGCGCUACAGCACGGAGGUUGCGCCGGCCAAAAAGCUGCCCAAGAGCAAUGUGCAGUUUGCCCAGAUCCGUGCCUUCUUGCAGCGAAAGGAGCAGGAAGAGAAGCAGAAGCAGAUCGAGGAAAUGCGCAAGAAAGAAAAGUUGCUGGAACUCCGGGCACAAAAUUCCAAGUCUAACAAGCGGGCAAAGGUGAUGGCAUCACGCACGAAGGAUAACAACUUCGGCCGCAUCCGGCUGACGGAGGAUGAGGAGGAGGCUCGACAGAAGCGGGAGGCGGAGCUCCAGCGCAAGAUGCUCACGGACAAGGUGGAGCGGAUGAAGGCACGCAUCAAGCUGCAGCAGGAAGAGGAGGAGCAGCCCCACAAGCGCAAGCGCAAACGACGCACCUCCGCCGGAGAGUUGGUGGGGUCAGACGAUGCCGCCGCCAAACACGACCCGCACGAGCGCAAGCCACGCAAGCGCAAGUACGAGAUCUACACCGGCGAGGACGAGAAAUCGGAGGACGAGCGCCCGGCGCCCCGGCCGGUCUCCCGCCCCCCGCCCAUGACCUUCAACUACCAGGACCUACUGCGACUUGCAAACGAGAAAAAGAACGAGCCAGUCGCGAUCGAACGCCUGGCCCCGCCCUCCAAGGAAGAGUACCGGCCACUCACCAAGCAGGAGAAGGAGAGGAGGAUGGAGGAGGAGCUACAUCGGAAGGGCGUCAAGGUGCCGUCCAAAUUCCCGCCGGCCAAGCGGAAAGACACGGCGGCACCACCUCGUAAAGAAGUGCCGGCGGCACCGAGCCGGAAGGAAGUGGCCGGUCCGUUGAAGAACGACAGCGCAAGGCCAAACGGGAAACUCCCGUCUUCCUCGGAAAAGGUGCCCGGACCGGCGGACAAGCAGCGACUGUCCGAGAAGCAGCGGGCAGUGUUGGAGCGACAGCGGCAGAUGGAGGAAGAAGAGCGCGAGCUGGAGGAGUUGGAGCGCAAGCUGGCGGAGCGCAGGCUGGCGAUCGCGCGGAAGCAGAAGGAGAUUGAGGAGAAGGAGGCGCGGGUGACAGAGAAGAGGGCAGCCCCGCCCCCGGCCGUUGCCAAGAAGCCGGGGAUUAAUCGGCCCGACGCCGGGAGGAGGGAGGCACCGCGGGACUGUCUCGGGGAGAAGAGGUUGCCGACCGCGGAAGAGAGGAGGUCCAAGGGCGCGGAGGUCACAGGAAAGACAAGCUCGAUCCUCAAAAAGCCGCCGGCGCCUUCGUCGGGUUCGCGGGACGUCGUUAGGAACGGCACGGGCGGCGGAAGCGGCAGUAGCAGUGGCAAAAAGCCCGCAGACUCCCAGCUCGGUUACGCCAGAAAGUCGACUGCGUUUAAGACGCAGCCCUCGCGGCCUCCGUCCAAGCAGGCAGAAAGGGACAGCGAGGACGAAAACGCCGACACCUUCUACGCAUAUUCCCAGAAACCAAAGGGCCCCAAGUCCGACCCCCCAUCCUCGAGGAAAAGCACUCCGUCGUCGUCGAGCGCCCAGCCUUCCGCGAGCAAGCGGCCGUUGUCUGCAAGUGAGAAACAGUCGUCUGCUUCGUCAGCCAAGGCAGACUGUCAGGUUCGCAAGACCGCAGUGCCCAGUCGCAGCAAAGAGGAAGAGCGUCGGAAAGCGCCGCCCGACAAGCCUGCGGCGUUGGCAAGUUCGAGGAUCAGCGCGGAGGAGCUGGCACGGCGGAAAGAGCACGCACUCAAGAUGAAGCGCAAACUCGAGCUGGAGAAGGAGAAAGAGAGGGAGAAGGAAAAGCAGAAGUCGCAGGUUUCGGCGGCCCCGUCUGCUUCCAAGAAGUUGAGCUACGAGGAGCAGUACGAGGACCUCUACCGCCGGCUGCAGGGUAAUUACAUAGAGUCGGAGGAAGACGACGAAGAGUACGAGGACGAAGAAGACGACAUGGAUGACUUCAUCGACGACACGCCGCAGUCCGCAAACCUCGACUACUCCAAGCACAUACGAGAGAUCUUCGGCUACGACAGGAGCAGGUUCCAAGACGACGACGACGACGAAGCAAUGGAAUCCAGUUAUGCGGAGCAAAUGAAGGAGGAGGUCAGAAGCGCAAGGAUCGGUCUGAAGGAGGACAUCGAGGACAUGAAGAGAGAGGAGGAAGAGCUGCGUCAGAAGCAGAUGAGAAAGCUGGAAAUGAUGCGGAAGAUGCGCCGCAAAAUAUAGCCGUUUACGUGACACCAGCCGCGAGCUUGCAUCGACGCGGCAGCCUUGUAAACAUUUUUCCCCAUUUCAGAAAAGACUGCAAAACGAAAUCGCUUCCAUUGUUUGCAGGCGCAGGAGCCAAGUUCUUUGCCCCGCGCCACACGGCGUCACUGGCGCGAACGGGGCAGCCACUUCCCGUAAAACUGCCCCUUCAGGCGUUCCUUCGCCUGGCAUUUCAAUCUUUGUUUCUGGUCCUAUAUCCACCAAUGCAUGCCAGAAUGUCUUUCCUGACAACUUGGUUGUCUCUUUCUCAUCGACCUUUUUUUUUUUUCUUUUGUACAGCCAAAUUUUUUCUUUUGUUUUCUGUGUUGAGUGUGGCGUGGUGUGUUAGUGCGAAUUGCAAUCUGAAAGUGGUGUAACGGUUUGCAAGUGCGACCGCUACGAAUGUUGUGUGCAUGUGCGUGCUCUUUGGGGUAGUGCGGGGAGGGGAAGCAUCCGAGAAACACCGACUGUUUGUUGCAAACGUGGGACAGUGCCGCUCCUAAAUAUAUGGCAAGUUGCAAUGUACCUUGAGGAUAAUUAUGCUCGAGAAAUAAAACUAUUUUGACACUUUA